AUGGGGUACAGCAUGGGCGGCUUUGGAGCCAUCCAACUUGGCUGCUGGGCGCCAGAGGCCUACGAUGCGGUCAUUUCCUUCGCUGGCUAUGGUAUGGGCACGUUCGAGCCUACAGAGACUUCCGGUGCUCUGCAGCCCAAGGGACGCCGGGUUUUCGAGUGGUAUCUCAACGAAUACAUUCCAAAACUCGCCGACGUGCCCAUUGUCUGGGGUGUCCACUGCCGGAGCGACACAGUCUCCAGUUUCAAUGAUGUGAGCACAAUCAUCGACACGGUGGGUGAAACGGCUCACCACUCGAGAAAGCGCUGCCAUUCCCGAAUGAUUGAGGUCCCACAAGACGACGCAAAUUCAGAUUACCCGCGGAAGCGCAGGGCCACUGCUUCCGGGCACGGCUACUUCAACGUCAGCUUGCUGAAGGACACAAGCGAGCAGAUCAUCUGGAAGGACCUCCGCAACCAGCUGUCUCGCUCCGCUAAGCGGCAGCGACCGCGCUGGGACAUGCUUGAGGAAACCAGGACCACAGCCAACUGGAAGCGUGGGCACAAUGAUGCCUAUGACCCGCCCUCAAAGCGCUGGUGCUGGCGCUGA